UCUAGGCCCCUCCCCCUCCGUACAUCACAUGAGCCAAUUCUUCUUUGUUUGUUUUUUUACGUAGUUCGUGACUGGUGUCAACCAAACACUUCACCAUGACAACAACAACAACAACAUUACUCCUCUUUGUCUUAACCACAUUAUAUCGACAUUCAAAUAUCAAAUAAAAAUGUAUCGAAGUAGAAGAAGUUCAAGAUUAACAUAAGAGUUAGAACAGCAGCAAAAGUAGCUAAAAGUUAGCAAGGAUAUGACAUAAGUUGUUGAUAAGCAAUAGCAAUAUCAGCUAGCACUAUCGGUCUAAUCACAAACUAGAAUAACAUUUAGCCAUAAAAACAAAACUUUGCUUAAAGUUAAACUAGUGUCUGGAAUGAAGUUUAGUAUAAGCUAACAGUUUACAAAUGAGCUAAAUGGUGGCUAAAAAUAACCAACAGUUUGUCUAGAGAGGAAAAAAGGAAAAGACAAAACAACAAACAAACAAACAAAACCUGUUUUUUUAGCCAAGCCUAGCAAUAGCUCAAUGUUAGCCAAAUGCUACUCGACAACAUACAGUGUAUCCAUAUUGCUUGAAGUUAGUAAUAAAGAUAAGUCAAAGUGAAAACAAAUAUAGUGAAGAAUCAAUCAAUAUUUAACCUGGAGAUUCUCAAGAAAGUAGCUGAAUGGAAAGUGACUGACGGGGAGGGGAGGGACUCGAACCCCAGACCCUGAUGACACAUGUUGGAAAUGGUUCCAACUUUUGUAUGAGAACUGAAGAAGCCACCCUUAAAAAGUGUAUUUCCAGCAGAGAUCGAUGAUUAGAAGUUUUAUUGAUCACUGAUUAGAGGUUUUACUGAUUGAUGGGUUUCACUGAUUAGACUGUCAUCAAUAAUAACCGUGUGCUAGAGGUUCAAGUGUGAACUUUGGAGUGUUCACCUGUAGACUGACAGUUUAUCAGUUAGAUUACAGGUGAACAAACCUCACACACACACACACACACACUCAGGCAGCUGAUCAACACCAUCGCCUCGUCUCCAGCUUCUGGCCGUGAAAAUGGGGGCGUGUAAGGGGGGGUGUGCCUGUUGUUCCUGUGUGACUCUGUCACUGAGCACCCUGUUUCUCCUGGUGUCCACGGCGAGCUUGGUCCUGAUCUACGUCCUGAUCGCUGGAGAGACAAACAAAGGUCCUGAUCCAACACUUCCUCAGAACUACACGUACAUGGUCGGCGUGGGACGAGCCGACUGCACCGGGCCUCCUGCUGAGAUCCCACUGAUGGGCUACGCUCACCCUCAGCAGAAGGCUGCAGGAAUACACACCCGUCUGUACAGUCGAGCCUUCAUCGUUGAUGACGGGAGGAAGAGGUUGGUCUUCGUCACCGCUGACGUAGGAAUGAUCUCUCAGAGGCUACGACUGGAGGUGCUGCAGGCCUUGCAGGUGAAGUUCGGUGACCUGUACCGUCAGGAGAACGUGGUUCUGAGUGGAACACACACCCACUGUGGACCGGGUGGAUUCUUCCAGUACACACUCUUCAUGAUCAGUAGCAGUGGCUACAUCAAAGCGUCCGUCCAGCCGCUGGUCGACGGCAUCGUUAAGAGUAUAGAGAUUGCCCACCGCAGCAUGAGGCCCGGCAGGAUUUAUAGGAACCGAGGAGAAGUGGACGAGAGCAGCCUGAACAGAAGUCCACACUCGUACCUGAACAACCCAGAGAAAGAGAGAGAAAGGUAUGACGGGGACAAAGACAAGCAGGUGACGGUGCUGAAGUUCACUGACAUGGAUGGGGACGGGAUUGGGAUGCUAAGCUGGUUCGCUGUCCACGCUGUCAGCAUGAACUACACCAACCUGAUGGUCAGCAGUGACAACAUGGGCUACGCCUCCUACCUGAUGGAGCAGGACAAGAACCCUGGAGAGUUACCUGGACAGGGUGGUUUUGUUGCUGGUUUUUCCUCCAGUAACCUGGGUGACGUGAGUCCAAACACCAGAGGUCCUCACUGCAUGAACACAGGUCUGCCCUGUGACUACGUGAACAGCUCCUGUCCUGAGGGAGGGACUAAACUGUGCGCUAGCAUCGGACCUGGAGAAGACAUGUUUGAGAGUACCAGGAUCAUCGGACACAACAUCUACAUGAAGACCAAGGAGCUCUAUGCAAACGCAGAUGAGGAGGUGAGGGGUUCUCUUCACUUUGCUCAUCAAUGGGUUAACAUGACAGAGGUGGAAGUCCCAUUCAACAGCACACACACGGCCAGGACCUGUAAACCAGCGCUUGGUCACAGUUUCGCAGCAGGAACAACAGAUGGAGGAGGAGACCUGAACUUUACUCAGGGUGCGGUGGAGGGCGACCCCUUCUGGGAUGGGGUCAGAGAUGCUCUCCUGGGUGAGCCGUCCAAUGAGACGCAAGAAUGUCAUCAUCCUAAACCAAUCCUGUUCAGCACUGGGGAGAUGACCUGGCCUCUGCCCUGGCAUCCUGAGAUUGUGGAUGUUCAGAUUAUCACCAUUGGUUCAGUUGCUGUCAUCGCUGUCCCUGGAGAAGUCACGACGAUGGCUGGACGAAGACUGAGAGAAGCUGUUCAGAAGGAGCUGCAGUCUGAGGGGUCGUACCGAGAUGUGGAGGUCGUAAUCUCUGGGCUGAGUAACAUUUAUACUCACUACAUCACCACGUAUGAAGAGUACCAGGUGCAACGAUACGAGGGAGCGUCCACCAUCUAUGGUCCGCACACGCUUAGUGCGUACGUGCAGAAGUACCGGGGUCUGGCCAGAGCAAUAGCACAGGACCGGGUGACAGGGCUUCCACCGGGACCUCAACCCCCAUUUUUUGAGAAGAACCUCUUUAAUUUGUUGCCUCAGGCGUCUGUGGACAGGAAACCAGUGAACAGUAGUUUUGGUGAUGUCCUGGACCAGGUGUUACCAGUGUACAGACAGGGUGACGUGGUCUCAGUAACAUUUGUGGCAGGAAACCCCCGACACUCUGGAGACAUCAGAGAUAGAACCUUUGUUACUGUGGAGAUGAUGGACAGCAGAACAGGAAGCUGGGAGGUGAUUCACAACGAUGCAUCAUGGGAAACCAGAUUUCAUUGGCUGAAAGGUUCCAAUGGGCGGAGCAACGCCACAGUGGAGUGGUUCAUUCCGGCCGCGGCGCCCAGAGGCUCCUACAGGAUCAGACACUUUGGACAUUACAAACAGAUAAAAGGGCUGCGACCCGUCAUCACGCCAUACGAAGGCGUGUCUGACGUCUUUAACAUCACGGCCAGCUUUUACUACCAGUGAUGUCAUCAACGACAUCACCUGCCGUGUUCUAGAAAAGUCAGAGGGUAGAAUGUCAAAUCCAAAUAAAUAAUGAACAAAAU